AAGUUUUUGCAACAUUUUGGAAAUAUACAACUGCUUGUAUUCUAUGUCAUGAAUAUCAACUAUUUUAUCACAAUAAUUAUUAUAAUAUGUUCUGUUCAAUUUGAAAUGAUAAACUGUGAACAUGGUAGACUUAAAUAUGAAUCAACUUAUGGAGAAGAUAAUUCAGAAUAUUUACUGUAUGAAGGUGAUGUUUUAAUAGGUGGUUUGUUUCCAAUCCACCAACGUUCAGUUAUUAAUCAGGAAAUAUUACAAGAACCUAAAUUAACCGCUAACGGAUAUAAGCUUUUAGAGGCAAUGCUUUAUGCAAUUGAUAAUGUUAAUUCGCGUGAAAAUUACCUAAACUUUUCACUUGGGGCUUUAAUUUUUGAUACAUGUGAAAAUCCAGACAAAGCUUUUAUGCAAUCACUUCGUUUUAUUAUUUGUGAUAAUUCAUUGAUGAAUGGUACCAAAAAGACUGGUUAUAAAGAAUGUUUCAAUCAGAAAUCUAUGGACACUAACGUUUUAGCUGUUGUUGGUGGUUCACAAAGUGAUGUAUCUAUUAGUGCGGCAAAUAUGCUAAAAUUCCUAGAUUUACCACAGAUAAGCUAUAUGUCCGCUUCGUCACAGUUAGAUGAUGCUGAAAAAUAUACGUAUUUUAUGAGGACAGUUCCUAGCAUCAGUAUGACAAUGGAUGCUAUCAUUGAUUUAUUGAGGAAAUAUAACUGGUUUUAUGUCAAUGUUGUGAUGGACAGUUCUGAGCAUGGUGAAUCUAAUUACGGUGUGUUUAUGGAGAAAUUGAAUCGAUUCAGUCAAACAAUAUGUGUAGCAAAAGAUGUUAGACUGAUUACUUAUCCUUUGGAUGCUAUAGAUAUUGGUAAAAGAUUAAAAACAUUAUUAGAUUCUCCGGCUUCAGUUAAUAUCUUAUUAGUAACAUCGGAUACGGCGAAUUUAGCCAUCAGUGAACUACUUAAAUGGAAUCAAUCAGAUCUUGAUCGAUUUCUUUGGAUUGGUACAAAUGGUCUCAUUUCAACUUUCAAAGAAUUAUACUUAACUGAAGAUUUAGAUUGGGUGUUUGCGAAACACUAUUAUGGAUUCAAAAAAUUCAUAUUAGUUUUACCACAUUUAAUUGAACUAAAAAAAAUGGAAAAUUAUUCAAUUAACUUAAAAAGAACAUUCAAUUUAACCAGCUGGACGAGUUCUUACUUAAUGCAAUUUUGUGGCUGCUUACCAAACGAACUUGAUCCAAAUAAUUUUACUGGCCAAGUUUGUAAUGCAAAAGAUGAACAUGAAUGCAUGUCAUAUCUGUACAAAGAUUCAAUUUAUUAUGUGCCUCAUGUAGUCAACUCUGUUUAUGCAAUAGCAAAUGCUUUAAAAGAAAUACUUACGCAAUAUCCUAUGAUAAAAUGGCAUCAUAAAUCCAGUGUGCAAAUGAGAAGAUUACUUCUAAGUAAAUUACAGAAAUGCCAUUUUGAAGGUUUCGGUAAUGAAUUAUUUUCAUUCUUUGAUCAUCGAAAUGGUCAACCAAAUUUCACAAUAUUAACUUUUAUGUCAAAUAUAAUGAGAUGGAAUGUAUUGGCUCAAUAUGAUGCUACAAGAUCUCCGAGCUUUUACUAUAUAAAUGAGAACAUCUCAUCUUAUAUUGAAGAAACCAUUCCAGAAUCAGUAUGUUCUAAACCAUGUAAAGUUGGUCAAGUUAAACGUAUCGAUUGGGGUCGUUCAUGUUGUUGGAUUUGUAUAAAUUGUUCAUCACAACAAAUUGUUACAUCAGUGAAUUUUGAUAAAAAUGAUAACAAUACAAAAAUGAAUAGUGUUACUAACAAAAACACUAGUACUAUGCAUGUUUCACCUAUGUGUCAAUUUUGCAGUCCUGGUUAUAGACCGAAUAAAAAUCAAACAAAAUGUCAACUAUUACCAAUAAAAUAUAUGUCUAUAGAUGAAAAAGUUGCCAAAAGUUCCAUUGGUAUAUCAUCGAUUGGUUUAAUUCUAUGCAUCAUUGUAUCAAUUAUUUGCAUUAAAUAUUGGCAAACACCAAUAAUUAAAGCAUCCGGUAAAGAAACAUCGAUUAUAUUAUUUCUAGGCAUAAUAUUAUCAUAUCUAUCAGGUGAAUUAAUUCUUGCACUUUAUCCAUCAGUAUUUGUUUGUAAUUUUGCAAUAUUUUCUGUUGGAUUUUGUACUACACUUACAUAUUCAGCUAUAUUUGCACGAAGUUCACGAAUCAAUGCUAUAUUUCAAAUCAAUGAAUUACAAUUUAUGAAGCCACAGAAAAUCUCUGGUCAAACAUCACAACUUCUUAUCAUUGGUGUUUCAUGUUUAAUACAAUUCAUUGUGUUAAUUAUUAUCUGCAGUGUUUCACCAACUACACCACAGCUGAUACUUUCAGAUUAUGAAUUGAAUCCAGAAAGUACAAUGAAUAAAAAUCCUAUCACCAUAUAUGAAGAUGAUUAUUAUUCAGUACGAAUUAAUAAUAAUCAUAAAAAAAAAUUAAUAUUACAUGGAUUACCAAAUAAUUUAAUUUUAUGCUUUCCAUAUUUUGAUAUUAAACAGAUUAUUACCAUUUUUAUUCCAUUAAUAUUAAUGUGUUUAUCAACUGUGUAUGCUUAUAAAAUUCGAAAAGUUCCAAGUGGAUUUAAUGAAGCUAGAGUAUUAGCAUUUGUGAAUUAUAUUAAUUGUAUAUGUUUUAUUACAACACCUAUAUUAAUGUAUUAUGCACAGAAGACAAUAUUAGAAUUAGUACCAUUAAGUUUCUUAUUAAUUUCAACUGCCACAAAUGAACUCAGUAUGUUAAUCUUACCAAAGAUGUACAUUAUUAUAUUUCGGCCAUAUAAAAACACGAGAGCCAGUAUUAUGCAACGUCUUAGAGGUCUAAGUCAAGUGGAAUGUACAGAGUGGAUUAAUGAGGUAACAUCUAGAAGUCAGCCCGGUAUAUUCAAUAUAUCUAAAGGCAAAGUCUUAAACCCUUGGUUAAAAAUACGAGAACUAUCUUCAAAAUCUCUAGAUGCUCCAACAUCCACGGUACCUAAUUCAACAACGGUGAACAAUAUAAAAUCUGAAACAAUUAAGAAAUGCUUAAUUAAUGACUUUUCAUCUGGAACAUCGUUUAUAACACAAAGCUACAAUAUGAAAUCACAUAUUAAACGAGUUCAUGAAAAGGAUUCAGUUUUAUCACAAACAAGACCAAAGGUUCUUUCUUUCGCGGAACAAUCCAAUACCGGCAAAGAAUGGAUCCCUUUACAGCAGACAAUCAAUUUAGUUACGAACGAUAAUUGUGAGGCGGGUGGAGAUAAUGGCAGUUCUAAGGAGGAUUGA